UAAGUGGCAGUCGCGACGAAAAAUAUUAACACCUACGUUCCAUUUCAAUAUAUUGAAUCAAUUUGUUGAUAUCUUCACCAAGGAGAGCGAUUAUAUGAUAAAGUCUUUAAAAGAUAUCGAUGGGCCAAUUGUAGAAAAUUUAGUAUCAUUCACUAGUAAACAUACGCUAAACGCCAUAUGUGAAACUGCCAUGGGCAUCUCUUUGCAAAAGCUCGGCGAGUUCCAGCAACAAUAUCGUGAUGCGAUUCACGAUAUGAUCGAAUUGAUAUUGUAUAGAAGUCUUAGGCCUUGGUUCUACAACGAUUUGUUGUUUUCAAUAUCGCCACAAGGACGAAAACAAAAAAAGAUCUUGAAAAUAUUGCAUGGAUUUACGGAAAAAGUUAUUGCGGAAAGAAAACUUUAUCAUGAACGCACCAAUGAUCGAUACUUGAAAAAUUUUGGAAAUGAUAAAGAGACGGAGAUAAAUGAUGGCGAAAUAUUUGGAAUUAAAAAAAAGCGACUAGCCAUGUUGGAUCUCUUAAUAGCGGCAUCUCGAGAACAUUUUUUGAGUGAUCUUGAUAUCAGAGAAGAAGUUGAUACUUUCAUGUUUGAAGGUCACGAUACAACAUCAAUGAAUAUGACCUUUGCUUUAUUAUUAUUAGCUGAACACAAAGAAAUCCAGGAACGUGUGAGGGUUGAGGUCGACUCCGCAAUGCAAGAGAAUGGAGGAAAGCUUACCAUGAAAUCGUUGCAAAAUUUAUCAUAUUUAGAAAGAUGUUUGAAGGAAGCGCUACGUUUAUAUCCUAGCGUGUUUUCAAUAAUACGAAACAUUCAAGAUGAUGUAAAAUUACAUUCAUAUGAUGUACCUGCUGGAACGAUGAUAUAUCUUAAUAUCUACGCAGUUCACAGAGAUCCAAAUUUUUGGUCAAAUCCAGAAGUAUUUGAUCCGGAUAGAUUUCUGCCCGAAAGAAUUCAGAAACGUCAUCCUUAUUCCUAUUUACCCUUCAGCGCAGGACCGAGGAAUUGCAUAGGUCAACGAUUUGCUCUGUUAGAGUUGAAAGCUAUGAUUGCUCCUUUGGUGCAUAAUUUUUAUUUGGAGCCCAUAGAUUGUUUAAAGAAUGUCCAGUUGAAGUACGAUAUGAUAAUUCGUCCUGCUCACCCGGUUUAUAUAAAAUUUAUCCCAAUCAACCGCAAACAAUCGUUCCAAACUAACACGGAUAACAUACGAGUGUAAGAAAUUGAUGAAAAUGUUUUAUAAAAUAAAACAGUGCUGGGAUUUACUUGCACAUUUCGGUCUGAUUCUGUGGCUCACUCCUUUUUCCCCCCACUCCUCGCUCGCGCGUUAGCAACGAGUCGCUUGGUACGCGUAACUAAGAAGCGCGACGCUAUGUCUCAGGAGCGUCCGUAAGAAUGCCUAAAUAUAAUAAGAUGUUUUUCUAAAAACACCGUGAAAAUUCUCGAAAUUAAAAUUUUUUCUUUAAUGUUUUAUAUUUCAUUAAUAUAAAAUAUUAUUAUAUUUUUUUCUUUUAAAUUAUUACAUCAAUAUAAUAAAUUAUUUAAUCCGUUUACAUAAUUUACAUAUUUUUAACAUAAUUUACAUAUUUUUGAUACUUUAUUUAAAGUUUUCUCUUAAUCCGCUUUACAAUAAUAAUUAUAAUAUAGGACAAUUGCAAUAUAGUUAUAAUAUAAUUAUAAUUUUGAGAUAAUAGAUUUCCAUAUUACCAAUGAGGUACUAUUGUUAAUGCGUUUUUUUUUUAAAGUGGUUUCCCCAGGCCUAUUCCACUAAAGAAGAAUAAUCCGUUCGCGUACAUAUAUAUAUAUAUAUAUAUACAUAUAUAUAUAUAUAUAUAUACAUAUAUAUAUAUAUAUAUAUAUAUAUAUAUAUAUAAUAUACAGGGUGUCCGAUAAUUCGCGGAUUACCCUUUAAGACUUUUCUAUUCAGAAUAACACCCUCUACCUUCCCUUAAAGGAUAAUCCGCGAAUUAUCAGACACCCUGUAUAUGUAAGCGAACGGAUUAAUCUUUUUUAGUGGAAAAGGCCUACUGGGGAAACUACUUUUAAAAAAACGCAUUAACAAUAGUACCUCAUUGGUGAUGUGGAAAUCUAUUGUCUCAAAAUUAUAAUUAUAUUAUAACUAUAUUACAAUUGUCCUAUAUUAUAAUUAUUAUUGUAUAGCGAGUUAAGAAAAAACUUUAAAUAAAGUAUCAUAAAAAUAUGUAAAUUAUAUAAACGGAUUAAAUAAUUUAUUAUAUUGAUGUAAUAAUUUAAAAGAAAAAAAUAUAAUAAUAUUUUAUAUUAAUGAAAUAUAAAACAUUAAAGAAAAAAUUUUAAUUUCGAUAAUUUUCACGGUGUUUUCAGAAAAAUAUUAUCUUAUUAUACUUAAGUAUUCUUACAUACGGACGCUCCUGAGACAUAGCUUCGAGCUUCUUAGUUACUCGUACCAAGCGACUCGUUACUAUCACGCAAGCGAGGAGUGGGGACGCAAAAGGCGUGAGCCACAGAAUCGGACCGAAAUGUGCGAGUAAAUCCCAGCACUGAAAUAAAAUAAUCUAAUAUGUGAUUUUGUGUGUGUCUUUUACAUUAAAUAUAUUUUACUUCUAAUUAAUUAUUUUAUUAUUAUUAUUUGUAUAUAAUCUUAUAAUUUAUUCUAAUAAUUAUAUUUUAUAAAUCUAUUAUUUGUAUAUAAUCUUCCUCUUUUAUAUUUUAUUAGUUUUGAGUAUUUACAUUUUCAUUACAUUAAAUUUUUAAUAUUUUAGAAACAUGUUAAAUAAAAGAGAGAAAAAAAUUAUAUUUUAUAAUUUUAUUUAUCUCUCUCUUCUCUCUCUCUCUCUCUAUUUCUAAUAAAUGUAUUUUUUUAAAGUGAUAACAUAAUUUUUGCAGAAAAAGGUGCAAAUAUAUUUAAACAACAAAUACAAAAUAUACACUAAAGUAACAUUUUAUAAUACAGCAACUUUUUUUAUGCAUACCUGACACGUGGGCUUGUUUUAUUAUCUUAUUGCUUUUAAUAUCAAUCUUUUUGAACAACACGAAUUCAUUAGAUUAAAAAUAUAUAAAUAAAAAUGCAAAAGUUAUAUUUAACAAACUAA